AGGCGUUUCAGGCCGAGUCGCGGGCGGGCGGGCGGGCGCCCGGGCAGUCCCCAGGCUGAGACUUUUAAAGAGCAUGUGAGCAUGACAAGUGUCUGUCCGCAACGUGUUAGGUUUUGAAACUGCCUAGCAAUCCAUUCCGGAACUCGCAGCUUUAGCCCCGGGUAACAGACAUUCGCCUGGGGUGUCUGUGUCUCACUCUCCUCCCCUAAUUGCCCCCCACCCCCACCCCACCCCGCCGUCUCUGUGGGAGGAAGAGCCCCAGGAGGAGCAGGGUGCGCCGCGCCGCGCCCGCGUGUCAAUGGCAGCCGCGCAUUCUGGAAGAAGUUGGUUCUUGUCCUGAAUACUUUUCCUACGGUGCCCCGCCCCUUGAAUCAGAAGCAGCUGUCUUCUCCUCGCGGCUAGAGAGGGGACGGUGGAGUUUGGGGCAGCUGUCAAAAACGAGAGGGAAGCCUUUUCUUCCCUGAGGUGGAGGAGGGGGGCAGCCUUUUUCCAUCUGUUGCAAUUUCCUAACCAAACGCACCCUCGCCUGCCCAAGGAAGAAAGGCCCAAAGGAGAAACCCGGGCGCUCGGCUGGUGCCGCCGCCGCCGAGCGAGGGAUGCGGGCGGCGAGCGCGCAGCAGGGAGGAAGGCUCGGGUUUCUGGGCUCAGCCGCCCCCACGAGGGACGGGUGACAGCGGCCGGCCAGGCGCGGCGUGGGGCGGCGCGGCCCGGGCGCUCGGUGCCGGCCUCCCUGCCUGGAAGCGCCGAGGUACGCCGAGCAGGAGCGGGGAACAAAGGAGAGGAGUGGGGAGGGGAGCGAGUGGGGCGAAGGAGAGCCCCCCCGGACGACUGCCUGAAGAUCCCGGCAGGAGGAAGCCCAAGUGUCACUUGAAUUCCACCCUAGGAGCGAGCGCCCGAGAUCCGAGCGCCUUGAUCAGCAAUAACGGCUGAGCGCGUCCUGUAAGUUACGGGAGAGUCGGCCGGGAAGGAGGACAAUCGCUUGCCCCCUCCGUCCCCGCUCCUGGCCCCUCGAGACCCCAGCAUCGCCUAGCGCUGGAAGGGGAGCUCCAGAAUGAAAAGCAAGAAAGGUGUUGUGGUAGCUUCGGGCAGUGAGACGGAGGAUGAUGACAACAUGGACAUCCCCCUGGACCUUUCUUCCUCUGCUGGUGCGGGCAAGAGAAGGCGCAGGGGCAACCUGCCCAAAGAGUCUGUUCAGAUUCUCCGCGACUGGCUGUAUGAGCACCGAUACAACGCCUAUCCCUCCGAGCAAGAAAAAGCAUUACUGUCCCAACAAACACACCUGUCUACACUACAGGUCUGUAACUGGUUCAUCAACGCCCGCCGCAGGCUCCUCCCAGACAUGCUGAGGAAAGAUGGCAAAGAUCCAAAUCAGUUCACAAUUUCCCGCCGUGGGGCCAAGAUUUCUGAAGCGAGCUCUGUGGAGUCAGCAAUGGGCAUCAAAAACUUCAUACCAGCUCUAGACGAGAGCCCAUUUCAUUCCUGUUCAGCUGGACCAAACCCAGCCCUGGGGAGGCCACUGUCCCCCAAGCCGUCUUCCCCAGGAUCAAUAUUGGCUCGCCCAUCAGUGAUUUGUCAUACCACUGUGACUGCAUUGAAAGACGUGCCUUUCUCUCUCUGCCAGCCAGUUGGUGUGGGACAAAACACAGAUAUACAGCAGAUAGCAGCCAGCAGCUUUACAGACACCUCCCUCAUGUACCCAGAGGACACAUGUAAAUCCGGACCAAGUACAAAUACACAGAGUGGUCUUUUCAACACUCCUCCCCCUACCCCACCGGACCUCAACCAGGAUUUUAGUGGAUUUCAGCUUCUAGUGGAUGUUGCACUCAAACGGGCGGCAGAGAUGGAGCUUCAGGCUAAACUUACAGCUUAACCCUUUUUCAAGCAAAACAGUUUUCACAAAUGUUGUUAUCAUUGCCGGGGUGAUGGCAAGAGACAAACUGCAUUAUUUUAUAUAUUUUUUUAUUAAUAUUUGCACAUGGGAUUGCUAAAGUGAAGCUUCCUGUUACUGAGAUGUCUUCAAUGGAAUACAGUCAUUCCAAGAACUAUAAACUUCAAAAGCUACUGUAGAAACAAAGGGUUUUCUUUUUUAAAUGUUUCUUGGUAGAUUAUUCAUAAUGUGAGAUGGUUCCCAAGAUCAUGUGAUUUUUCCCCCCUCUCUCUCUCUGUCUCUCUCCUUCCCUUUUUUUUUUUUUUGUUGUUGUUUUUUCCCCCCAGACUGUGCAAUACUUAGAGAACCUAUAGCAUCUUCUCAUUCCCAUGUGGAACAAGAUGCCCACAUACUGUCUAAUUAAUAAAUUUUCAAUUUUUUUCAAACAAGUA